UAGGAAAGAAGUUUGGACACUACAAGUGAUUUUAUGUUUCUUUCAUUCGAAUAAUAUGGAUGCUUUUCCCCUGCAAUCAUCCCAAAGGUGUGAAAGCGUUAAGGCGCUGCACACCCAACGCUCUGCGAUCCGAAAGCGUCUUCUUGAAAAGCAAAAGCAGCGACAGCAAGAGGCACGCCAUGCUCAGCUAAACACCGCGCGGAGGAGUGGUGGUGAUGGAAAUAGCGAAUUUUACCUUGGGUCGUCGGAUCAAAAUGAGAACAAAGUCGACCAUUCGGCGCUGCGGCCAGACGAUUCGCUCGUUGAAGAGGACUGGCAUACCUUUGGUGAGGAGUUUGGCCUCGACAUGAGGGAUCCCGUCGUUCUUAAUUAUUGUCUGGUCUUGGAAGAGGAAAUUCGCCAGGAGCAGCUUUUUGAGAUGUACGAGUCUUCCCAUCCCCAGAACCAGAAUGAAUGGGAGGACUACUAUAGGUCCCUAACAUCAUAGCGAAGAGAUGGUUUCCUUGUUGUAGGACGUUUCUUUAAGUCAUAUAUCUGAAUUACUAAUAUGGAUUUUUCUAUAUUGUAUUUUAUUAUUAUUUUGGACAUAGA